GUCUGUUCUGAGGGACGAGAAGGCAAAGAGGAGGAGGAGAACACACUUUCCCUUCUCUUUGGCAUCAAGUGAUAUCAGACGAAUUACAGACAUCCCAACAAUUUGGCCAGGCAGCCUGCUGAGCAAGGUAACUCAGCCAUCAUGGCUGUCUCUUUGCCACCCGCCCUGGGUCUCAGUUCCGCCCCAGAUGAAAUUCAGCACCCGCAUAUGAAAUUUUCAGAAUGGAAAUUUAAGCUCUUCAGGGUGAGAUCUUUUGAAAAGGCACCUGAAGAAGCUCAAAUAGAAAAGAAAAUUUCCUCCGAGGGGAAACCCUCUCUGGAGCAAUCUCCAGCAGUCCUGGACGAGGCUGAUGGUCAGAAGCCAGCCCUGAGUCAACCGGCAUUAAAAGCUCACCCUACGUUUUCAAAGAAGUCCCAUGAUGAUGGGAAAGCAGGAGACAAAGCAAUCCACCAAGCCAACCUUUGCCAUCUCUGCCGUAUCUGUGGGAAUUCUUUUAAAACUGAUGGGCACAAUAGGAGCUAUCCAGUCCAUGGGCCAGUGGAUGGUAAAACCCAAGUCCUUUUACGAAAGAAGGAAAAGAGAGCCACUUCCUGGCCAGACCUCAUUGCCAAGGUUUUCCGGAUUGAUGUGAAAGCAGACGUUGACUCGAUCCACCCCACUGAAUUCUGCCACAGCUGCUGGAACAUCAUGUACAGGAAGUUUAGCAGUGCCCCGUGUGAAGUUAACUUCCCAAGGAAUGUACCCAUGGAGUGGCAUCCCCACACGCCAUCCUGUGACAUCUGUCACGCUGCCCGCCAGGGACUCAAAAGGAAGAGUCAUCAGCCAAAUGUGCAGCUCAGCAAAAAACUCAAAACCGUGGUUGACCGAGCGAGAAGAGCCCGUCGGCACAAGAAAAGAGCCCAGGCAAGGAUCAGCAGCAAGGAAGUGAUGAAGAAGAUCUCCAAGUGCAGUGACAUUCAUCUUAGUACCAAGCUUCUUGCGGUGGACUUCCCAGCACACUUUGUGAAAUCUAUCUCCUGCCAGAUUUGUGAACACAUCCUGGCUGACCCUGUGGAGACCAGCUGUAAGCACGUAUUUUGCAGGAUUUGCAUUCUCAGGUGCCUCAAAGUCAUGGGCAGCUAUUGUCCCUGUUGCCAAUAUCCCUGCUUCCCUACCGACCUGGAGAGUCCAGUGAAGUCCUUUGUGAGCAUCUUGAACUCCCUGAUGGUGAGAUGUCCAGCAAAAGAGUGCAAUGAGGAGGUCAGCUUGGAAAAAUAUAACCACCAUGUCUCAAGCCACAAGGAGUCAAAAGAGACUUUUGUGCAUAUUAAUAAAGGGGGUCGGCCCCGCCAGCAUCUCCUGUCCUUGACGCGAAGGGCUCAGAAGCAUCGCCUGAGGGAGCUCAAGCUGCAAGUGAAGGCUUUCGCGGACAAGGAAGAAGGUGGAGAUGUGAAGUCUGUGUGUCUGACCUUGUUCCUGCUGGCACUGAGGGCGAGGAAUGAGCACAGACAAGCCGACGAGCUGGAGGCCAUCAUGCAGGGACGGGGCUCUGGCCUGCAGCCAGCUGUGUGCUUGGCCAUCCGUGUCAACACCUUCCUCAGCUGCAGUCAGUACCACAAGAUGUACAGGACUGUGAAAGCCAUCACGGGGAGGCAGAUUUUUCAGCCUUUGCACGCCCUUCGGAAUGCUGAGAAGGUCCUUCUGCCAGGCUACUACCCCUUUGAGUGGCAGCCACCUCUGAAGAACGUGUCUUCCAGCACUGACGUCGGCAUUAUUGAUGGCCUGUCUGGACUGUCCUCCUCUGUGGACGAUUACCCGGUGGACACCAUUGCCAAGCGGUUCCGCUAUGACUCAGCUUUGGUGUCUGCUUUGAUGGACAUGGAAGAAGACAUCCUGGAAGGCAUGAGAGCCCAAGACUUGGAUGACUACCUGAAUGGCCCCUUCACCGUCGUGGUGAAGGAGUCUUGUGACGGCAUGGGAGAUGUGAGUGAGAAGCAUGGGAGCGGGCCAGCAGUUCCAGAAAAGGCGGUUCGCUUUUCGUUCACAGUCAUGAAGAUUACCGUAGCGCACGGCUCAGAAAACGUGAAGGUAUUUGAGGAGGUCAAACCUAACUCUGAACUGUGUUGCAAGCCCUUGUGCCUCAUGCUGGCAGACGAGUCUGACCACGAGAUGCUGACGGCCAUCUUGAGCCCUCUCAUUGCCGAGAGGGAGGCCAUGAAGGCCAGCAACUUAGUGCUGGAGAUGGGAGGCAUCCUUCGGACUUUCAAGUUCAUCUUCAGGGGCACUGGGUACGAUGAGAAGCUUGUCCGGGAAGUUGAAGGCCUCGAGGCUUCUGGCUCAGUCUACAUUUGUACCCUUUGUGAUGCCACCCGCCUGGAGGCCUCUCAAAAUCUUGUCUUCCACUCCAUAACCAGAAGCCACUCUGAGAACCUGGAGCGCUACGAGGUCUGGCGUUCCAACCCGUACCACGAGUCUGUGGAAGAACUGCGGGAUCGCGUGAAAGGAGUCUCAUCGAAACCUUUCAUUGAGACCGUCCCUUCCAUAGAUGCACUCCACUGUGACAUUGGCAAUGCGGCUGAGUUCUACAAGAUUUUCCAGCUAGAGAUAGGGGAGGUGUACAAGAAUCCCAAUGCCUCUAAAGAGGAGAGGAAAAGGUGGCAGGCUACGCUGGACAAGCAUCUCCGGAAGAAGAUGAACCUGAAGCCAAUCAUGAGGAUGAACGGCAACUUUGCCAGGAGGCUCAUGACCAAAGAAACAGUUGAAGCAGUCUGUGAAUUAAUCCCCUCCGAGGAGAGGCACGAAGCUCUCAGGGAGCUGAUGGACCUUUACCUGAAGAUGAAACCCGUGUGGCGAUCGUCAUGUCCUGCUAAAGAGUGCCCAGAAUCCCUCUGCCAGUAUAGUUUCAAUUCACAGCGUUUUGCUGAGCUCCUCUCUACCAAGUUCAAAUAUAGAUAUGAGGGCAAAAUCACCAAUUACUUUCACAAAACCCUGGCACACGUGCCUGAAAUUAUUGAGAGAGAUGGCUCCAUUGGGGCAUGGGCAAGCGAGGGAAAUGAAUCUGGCAACAAACUGUUCAGGCGCUUCCGAAGAAUGAAUGCCAGACAGUCCAAGUGCUACGAGAUGGAAGAUGUCUUGAAACAUCACUGGUUGUAUACCUCCAAAUAUCUGCAGAAGUUUAUGAAUGCUCAUAACGCGUAUAGAAACUCUGGGUUUAUCUUAAACUCGCAGUCAGGCGUGGGGGACCCAAUAGGCCUAGAGGACUCUCUGGAAACUCAAGAUUCGAUGGAUUUUUAAGCAGGGCAGCCGCCUUUGUGUUGGUUUUGCAAAUAAGUUUUCUUCUGGGUUGCACUGAGACCUUCUCCUGGCACCCUUCACUUCUGUGUGUGGGCUUCACCACCCAAGCAGUGGUAGAUCGGAGAGGCCAGAGGUGCCGAAUCCAUGUCAGCAAUGGAUAACCGAUGAGCUGAGUGCUUGAGCCGUUUAGGGAGUUCAGGAAAGCAACAGGAGAAAUCAGUUAUUUGGAAGCUCAAUAACUCAGAACAGGAGUAACUGCAGGGGCCCAGAGAUGAACAAAGAUGUGCGUGUGUGACUGACUGAGUGCCGUGGAAAAUCAAAGCUAAGGUUGUCAAAGAAAUAGCCAGGGAAGUCAGGAAAGGGAUUUGUCUUGUGGUUUGCAUUCCCCACCCCCUCAAUGUAUUAUUCUUUGUAUUGAGAUAUAAGUGUGUGUUUUUUUAAAAUACCAUUUCUGUAGAAUUCUUUAUUUUAUAAAUUUCAUAGAUCUUGGCUUAUUCCACAGGAUUCAAAAAUCUUUCAAAGCUUUUCAGAUUUCUCUGAUAAUAACAUCUUACACUUGUAUGGCAUGGUGACCUUUACAAAGUGCUCAGUGCAUUUUCUCAUUUGGUAUUUUUAUGCAGAAAUACCCUAGAAAUAUCCAGAAAAUUUUUGGAAAAUCAGUCUUCUUCUGAGUCUCAAUGAUGUCAAUGUCGAGUGACCUUAAGGGGCUUAGGGGGUCAUCUGCCACCAUGAAUUUUUCAAUAAUAAAGUUGAAAGAAUAAAACUGUUAGCUACAGUUAGUCAUGAAAUCUUCUGAUAAUACAUUUUUCUUAUCUAUCAGUAGCCAAAUAUGAUUUUUAUUUUUACUUUUUAAUUUCAAUUAGAGUCUCCAAUGCUUUUCUAUAUAAUCUUGAAGCCUUUUAAAAUCUGGGUUGACUUACUGUAUAAAAACAGAUUUAAUGUUUUACUGAAAAAUUUCUGCCAGAUUUUCUCCAUGUGAAACCGGGGUCAAUUUUACUAAGUCCAGAUUUCAUGGAGUCUUUCCCUCUGCAAUAUGUUACUCUUUCUAUUAAGACCAGUUUACUUUUUUAGUGUUUAUUUUUGUUUUUAUUUUUUGAGAGACAGCACAAACAGUGGAGUGGCAGAGAGAGAGAGAGAGAGAGAGAGAGAGAGAAAGAGAAAGAGACCCAAGCAAGCUUCACGCCCAGUGCAGAUCCUGACAUGAGGCUUGAUCUUGCCACUGGGAGAUCAUAACCUGAGCCAAAAUCAAGAGUUUGGCUUGGGUGACUGAGCCACCCAGAUACCCCAAGAUCAGUUUACUUUUAGUGUAUUCAGAUUUUCAUAGCAGGAUACCUUUGUACUUUUCACACCUGCUCUGUUUAGAUGAAUCCUGCUCGUAGUAAAGAGGAAGAGUUAACAUUUGUAGAGUGAGUUUUUGGGGGUUUUUUUGUGGGGUUUUUUGGCCACUUUUGAAUAUUUUCACAUUCAUUUUUCCUCACAACAACCUGUGUGGGUGGAUAUUGUUAUUAUUCCCACUUGAUGGAGGGUUAAACGAUCUGCCUGAAGUUACUGUGAUAGUAAAUAUCUGAUCUGGAAUUUGAACUCAGGCAUUUUGUUUCCAAAUUCCAUGUUCCUUCCACCACAAAAAUUAACCACCAUCUUUUUUUUCUUUUUAUAAGGCAGUAUCAUUGUUUAGGAUCCAGAACUAAUCACACUACAGUUUAUAAUUCUUAGGAGCAGAGAUGAGUGGGUUUUACAAGUCAUUAUUGUGCUUUGAGCUCUUUGAUAGAAGGGAAUGCUAAUGCCCCCAAGAGGCCCCCAAAUCUCUGGUGGCUCCUGUUAUUUGGAAACUAUUGUCUUCAUCCUUAGGAAUUUGAGAAUUGCCAAUUGCUGGCAAUUUAGAGCAGGCAUGGGAUUUUAUAUGCUAGUGAGUCAUAAUGAUAUGUUAGUGUUAAUUAGGUUUUUUCCCUUUCUUUGAUUUUAUUGGCCAUAAUUGCCACUCUUCAUACACAGUAUAUCAAAGAGCUGUGUAAUUUAGUUGUCAAACGUGUGUCAGUGACAUUAUCUUAAAUAACAUGCAUUUAGUGCUUUUGCAGGGUUUGAGCCCUGAAUUUUCCACUAAAAAAUACAGCAGUCUUCCUUGCUUUUUAUAUAUAGCAUAUAUAUAAAUUACAAAGAUAUUCAUAAUUUAGUUGUCAAAAAUAUAUACAGAUUUUAAUUGUUUUUGUUUUUCUGGAGAAUGUUGAGUUUUGUGUUUUGUAAACUAAUGGGCUUCUGAGCCACCCCUACCCUUCAUCCCAUUUAAUCCUUACAGCAUGUCUCUGUGCUAAUAAACAGCUAAAUUUAUGUAA